GGUUACGGCUAAGGGCAGCUCUACGUAUUCACCAAUUCACAUACAUACAAAGAAUUAGGUACAGUUCUACGGAAGCACCUAGGUCAAAGUAAGUAACAGUAGGUAAAAUUUUAGUUUGGAAAUGCAGCUAGCUGGUGGCUUUCAAAACACAGCUGGGCUAGCUUGUUUGGACUGAUCACAAAUCCCUUCCUUCAAGGCCUCUUCCCCAUAUGCCCCGGCUGUCAUUAAUCACUGCCACUGGUCAGGCCUAACUUGUUGCUGCUGCUACACCGCCCCACGGGGGAUAUAGAUUACAUGACCAGCAGUCACCUUGUGCGGGACCCUGCCAGAUGGCCCGGGACCCCGGCUCUCAGGAAAGGAAGGGUACUCAGCAAAAGUAAAAGUAAAACAUUGGUGGUAGAAAACCGCACAUUUUAGCACUGUCAGAUUUCCAACCGCUCAUCGAAAAUCUUCACACCAUGGUGAAUGGAAAGAGGUCCCGAUCAGCAUCUGAGGAACGGAGGUUUAAAGAUCGCCAGCGGAAAAAGAAGGCUAGGACACAAGAGACCCCAGAGCAGGCGGAAAUUCGCAAGCAGAAGAACAGAGAGCGGAUGGCAGCUAAGCGGAAACAAGAAACACGGGAGCGGAGGGAUAGCAGGGAAGUGUUGUCAUUUAGUAUGCAAUUGUAAUAUAUGAUGUAUAAUCAAUGUGAAACCAUUAUCAAACAGUAUUAAACUUUAUAACCUACGUAACUGAAGUCUAAUAAUAAAUAGAAGGUCCUCUAUUAUUGUUAUAUACCACAAGGUUUCCGACUUAUGAGAUGUUUUUCCAUUCUUCUUAUUAUUAUUAUCAAUCCUUAAUCAAAGAGCCAUAAAUGCAGGUCAAGGAUAUAAGGAUAUACAACGAUAGGGUUACCCGAGAUAAAAACAUCGUAGUUGCGCGUACGCGAACCCGGAAGUAGCAGGCAGUCAGGCUCGAGGGGGGAGGUCAGAGGUCAAAGGGGACUAUGCAAUUGCUGGAUCCCACCAUCUACUACGGCCGAUAAAUUAUGGCCGUCGUCGAUUGCUAAGCCAUUGUUCUUUUGUUGUUGUUACCUUCGCAAAGUAGGUCAUAUUUAGGGCAGCGUUUGUCUGUAUGUUAGUUUGAAGAAGGCCAGCAUAAUCCGAGAAAUUGUAUUGAUAUUGAAAUCUUACUUUUGGCAUUUGGUAGCUAUGUACAGCUGAACAUCAUUGAUACUUAAUUAUGCAAAUAAGUAUCCAUUUGCAUGAACUAUUUGUGUACGUAUGUUAUUCAAGAGGGGACCAGCUAAUAUGAUUCAUGAAAAUAUUAAUAUGGAUCUUAUUUGCAUAAUUAAUGACAAACACAAUCAAUACACCAGUUGUAAAGGUUUAAGUCAUUUGUCGAAGGUAUGGAGUCAUGCAUAUCUAGUUUUUUUUGUUUGCUCUGGGUGCGGAAAUCGGGCGCUGAGUAUACAGAACUAGACACUUUCGACAAUGUUUCAAAAAGUUUAUCAGUCAGCUGGCAAUAUCUCGCCAUGAAAAGUUGAAGUAAUCGUCUGACAUUCAAAAUAUACAAAUGUCAAUGUUGACCAUUGCAUGUCUAGAAAUUUUCAAAAUGAAAGGUUUUGUUGUAGCACUAGGUGCAGCCGUGGGGGAUAAUAAAGUCCUUUCUUCCUUUUGCCAAUACCUGCCAUACAAAAUAUCAUAAAGCACUACCACAUCUUCUGGAGUCACUAGUUUAUCCCCAAGAACAUAACCUUCUUAGGUAUAAUAAUAUCAAAAUAUCGAUACAGCACAUUGUGCAUUUUAAAUUUUACAGGCUGGUCAAGGACAUGAAGAAAACUGCUGAGACUCGUAAGAAUGAAACACCUCAGCAGCGAAGGACAAGGCUAUGCAAGAAUAAGGCAAAAACUGCACAGACACGUGAGAAUGAAACACCUAAGCAGCGAAGGACAAGGCUAUGCAAGAAUAAGGCAAAAACUGCACAGACACGUGAGAAUGAAACACCUCAGCAGCGAAGGACCAGGUUAUGCAAGAUUAAGGCAAAAAUUGCACAGACACGUGAGAAUGAAACACCUCAGCAGCGAAGGACCAGGUUAUGCAAGAUUAAGGCAAAAAUUGCACAGACACGUGAGAAUGAAACACCUCAGCAGCGAAGAACAAGGCUAUGCAAGAAUAAGGGAAGAACUGCACAGACACGUGAGAAUGAAACACCUCAGCAGCGAAGGACAAGGCUAUGCAAGAAUAAGGGAAGAACUGCACAGACACGUGAGAACGAAACACCUCAACAGCGAAGGACAAGGUUAUCAAAAGACAGGAACAAAACUGCUGAAGGUCGUGCCAUACAAACACACAGCAUUGAGUCAGCGUCAAAGUCAUUUCAAGAGAAGAUAAAGGAAGGUCCCACAUAUGUGUGCUGCGUAUGUCACCGCCUGAUGUUCAAAAAGUCUGUUGUACGGUUUAAUGAAGACCGUCCCAAAUACAAGUUAUCAACAAAUGAGUGGGCUGACAUAAUGAACAACUUAUACCAUGACUGUAGCUGGAUUUGCAAUACAUGUCACACAACAAUGGACAGAGGGGAGAUGCCAGCCCUAGCAAAGGCUAACGGUCUUCAGUUAGCUGACGUCCCAGAGGAGUUACAAAAUCUGCGCCCUCUGGAACGUCGGCUUAUCUCCCAACGGAUCCCAUUCAUGAAGCUUGUCGGGCUCCCAAAAGGACAACAGAGGGCUAUCCAUGGGCCAGCUGUCAACGUUCCAGCAAAACUGGAAAAUGUCUGCUCCCUUCUUCCACGCCUUCCUAGUAAUGCCCAGGUGUUACCCAUGAAGCUGAAGAGGAAACUAAUCUACACGGGGCACUAUAUGUACGAUUUCAUUAGACCCAGGCGAGUGACAGAAGCUAUUUUCUGGUUGAAGACAAACAAUCCCCUAUAUAAAGAUGUGGCCUUCUGUGAAGAUUGGCAACAACAGUGGCUGGACGGGGACAGUGAGCUCUGGGAAGCCAUGGUCAACAGCAAUUCACCCGAGGCAGCUGCAGUUGAUGGUGGUCCUGGGGUUUCCGAUGACACUGACGCUGGUCCAGAAGAUGUUGACAGAGUUAUGACACAGCAGGAGAGAGAAGAUGCUGAGGAUGAAGCUGCAUUUCGGGAAACAUCCGCAACAAGAGGUCUGCCGCACACAACAUGUAUGCAGGAGGACGACCUGCAGGACAGUGACAACAUCUAUUCCCUGGCUCCGGGUGAGAAUCAGUGUCCGCGGGCCUUCCUGACUGAUGAGGACUUCGAACUCCUAGCCAACCCCGAAAAGUAUCCGGAUGGGAGAUUUGGAUACUCUAUGCAACGGAGGAAGAAGCUCACAGUCAGGAAGUACUUCAACCAGCGCCUUCUCGAUGCUGAUGGACGGUUUGCUACGGACGUCGACUAUCUGUUUGCUGCACAGUACGUUGUAGAGGCAAAGCAGAUACAGGAUGACGCGUCCAUAGCAUUACGUCAAACGAGAGGACGGAUGGUCCAAGGGGGACAAAUUAACGCUGGUGUCGUGAAGAAUACGUCUAACCUGGCCACCUGGUUCAGGACCGACACAGCAUAUAAGUACCUAAAGAAUGUUCGAGGAUCGCCCGCGUACUGGCAACGAGCUCUCUAUGACCUCCUUGCGAUGGUUCGCCAACUCGGCACGCCUACGUGGUUCCUCACACUGUCCGCAGCUGACAUGCAAUGGCCGGAAAUAAUACAGAGUAUUGGCAGACAGUAUGGGCACAGUUUCACACCUGACGACAUUGCAGCAAUGCCAUGGCAAGAAAAGUGUGAAUGGUUGAACAAGAACCCGGUCACAGCGGCACGCCUAUUCCAGAACAGACUUGAAGUGUUUUUCAAGGACUUCAUUUGCAGCAGUGCUCAUCCAAUUGGGGAGGUAGAAGACUACUUCAUCCGGGUGGAGUUCCAGGCACGAGGAUCACCGCAUGCACACACAGUUCUGUGGGUGAAGGACGCCCCCAGGAUUGAUGAGCAUCCUGACGAGGUAGUCUGCCAGUUCAUUGAUAGGUACCAGACUUGCGAAUUGACCGAUGAUUCAGCAAAGUUCCAGCAGCACAAGCAUUCCCCGACAUGUAGACGUAACGGUGGAUGCCGCUUCAACUAUCCACGUCCACCAAGUAGGAAGACCAUCAUCGCCAGGCCAGCCAUGAGAGACGACACGAAUGAUGACAGUGUUGCAUGCAAAAGCAACGAAGCCCUACAAAAAGUAAGAACAUGCCUGGACGACCCUGGUACACCAACUGACAUCAGUCUGGACGACCUGUUCAAAAGAGCUGGUGUGGCCGAGGCAGACUACACCAAGGGGCUCAGUGAGACGAAGUCCGGAAUGUCUAUCAUUCUCAAACGGGAACCAUGGUGCAGAGUGACAAACAGCUUCAACAAACAUAUUCUGCACACCUGGCAAGCCAACAUUGCCCUCCAGUACAUAACGGAUCCGUAUGCUUGCAUUAUGUAUGUAACAUCGUAUAUGAUGAAGAGUGAAAAGGCGAUGAGCGAAUUGUUGCGAAAAACUGCAAAGGAGAUAACUAGCGAGGACAUCAAAACACAACUACGCAAGCUAGGAACAACCUUCCUCAAUCACAGGGAGGUCAGUGCACAGGAAGCGGCUUAUAGACUACUGUCCCUCCCGCUUAAGAGCACCACAAGAACAUCACUGUUCGUAAGUACAAGUACGAAGGACAAGCGCGUGUCCAUGUUAAAGCCCGUAUCUGUGUUGGCCACCAUGGCCGACGAGGAUGAGGACAUAUUCGAAACGAGUCUACAUGACAGAUAUGCAGCACGGCCGUGUCCUGAGUUUGAUGCCAUGUUUCUGGCCCAGUUUGCGUCUACCUAUGCCGUGGCAUAUCGAGAAACACCAACGCCCAAACAAGAGCGCAUGAAGUUGCAGAACGGCUUAGGUGUCAUGUACAGAAGACGACGUCCAGCUAUCAUCCGCUUCCACAGGGAGAAGGAGGAGGGAGAAUCUAAGUAUAGGCAUCUACUCAUGCUGUACUAUCCUUGGCGGAGUGAGGAUGACCUGAUGGGUGUGUACGAAUCGUACGAACAACAUUUUGAGGCUGUGAAGCAAGUCAUUCAGCGCAACGAAGACAUGUAUACAGUAAGGAAAACAGGACUUGAUCAGGCACUGGAUGAACUCCAGGAGUUAGGACCACCAGAACACGCAUGGGAUAUGCUUGCACCCGGAGCCCAAGAACAACAGGCUGAACAGGAAGCAGAAGGAGUCCAUAACAACAGGAACAUCGGUCUAGAGGACCUCGAACACAAUGUUGACCUGAAUGAUAAUGGUAACGGUAACCAGUCAUACAUGGACAGAAAUGCAGAGCUCCAUGCUCGAUACACAGCCGAGGCUAACAAAGCAUUGCUGACACCUGAUGAAUACCGGGAAAUGAUGCGGGCCUUAAAUUCAAAGCAGAGGUACAUCAUAGAUUACCACAGACAAUGGUGCAAGGAUACAGUCAUUGCACUCAAGAGUCAGAAGCCACUCCCUACGUACCGUUUAUUCGUCAGCGGUCCAGGCGGCGUUGGAAAAAGUCACAUCAUCAAACUGAUUCACUAUGAAACGGUAAGACUUCUGAAACUGUCCAACUGCUUUGACCCGGAAGAUGUCAUCGUUCUCCUCACAGCCUACACAGGCGUGGCCGCUUUCAACAUAGAUGGGCUAACGCUUCACUCAGCAUUUUUGCUAGAGACCACUACCAAGAGUCAUGAGUAUCGCUCCUUGGGGUCAGACAAGCUCAACACGUUGCGUUCACGACUCAGCAAACUUCGUCUUCUCAUCAUUGACGAGGUAUCAAUGGUUGGGGCAAACAUUCUGCUACAGGUACACAGGCGACUGGAAGACAUCAUGGGAGCAGGCACUGAUACUACAUUCGGCAACGUUAGCAUCCUUGCAGUUGGAGAUCUAUAUCAGCUCCAACCUGUCCGCCAAAAUUACGUGUUCGAACCACCCAGUGGCCGGUACGCUCAACUGCACGGAUCACUGUGGCAGGAAGGCUUUAACAUCGUCGAGCUGACAGAAAGUAUGCGGCAGCAAGAUGACCAGGCUUUUGCAGAUAUGCUGAACCGCGUUCGCACAGCAGCCUGUACAGCCGACGAUGUCCGCAUGCUCCAGGCAAGGUCAACUUCCAACACUGACCCAGGAUACCCCGACAAUGCACUUCAUGUCUUCACAACCAACAAAGCCGUAGAUGAUCAUAACAGAGGUAAGCUUCAACAACUCGCAACUGAAACAAUUAUCAUACGAUGCCAAGACUUCACAAAGGACAAGCAAACAGGUCAGCUACAACUCAGUGUUUCAGAUAAGCCAUCGGAAAGUGGCAACCUCAGGACUGAAAUAAGUAUCGCCAUCGGUGCCAGAGUCAUGGUGACUGUAAACAUCGAUGUCGCCGAUGGUCUGGUCAACGGCGCAUGUGGUACGGUUGUGGACAUUAAGACGAAUCAAGAUGGACCCCAUGUCAUCCUUGUUGAGUUUGACAGCGAUCGAGUUGGUCAGAAAGCUGUAGCACGUAGCCAAUACAGACAAACACAUGAAGGAGCUGUACCUAUCUACAGGCAUGAAGCAACAUUCCCAGCCUAUAAAUACGGAAGACACGUACAGAUCACGCGGCGUCAAUUCCCAUUGACUUUGUUCUGGGCCUCUACGAUCCACAAGUGUCAGGGUAAGACACUUGAUAAGAUUGUUGUAUGCAUGUCCGGAACAGGACCUUUCAUGCCAGGGCAGGCAUACGUUGCUUUCAGCAGGGUAAGAACACUUGAAGACCUCUUCAUUGUUGGAUUUAGGCAGGAGGUCAUUAGAUGUAGUCCCAAGGUCACUGAGGAAAUGACCCGAUUGGCCAGCAAAAACAUCGCGACUCUUAAAACAACUACAGUACCAUGCCAUUCCACCAACAUUACAUUUCUCAAUGUCCGGUCAUACCUCACACACCUACAAGAUCUCAGACUCACAGAUUCCGUUACCAAUGCCGAUGUAGUGUGCUUUGUAGAGACCUUCCUCAGUCCUCAAUGUUCCUUAGGACAAAACAGAAUGAUUACACCUGGAAUGUUACACCAUGAGCGACAAGACCGACAGUCGUCCAGAGGGGGUCUCAUGGUAAUGUCACGCUCAGCCAUGACCCGCCACCAUAAGCCAGGAAUCACACUGUCUUCAAUAGAACACAUGUGUGUGAGUUUGCCCUUCGGAAACGCGACUAUCCAGGUCUGUGUGGUCUACUGCAGGCCACCUGUUAAUCAUAAGGCACUUAUCCGCGACAUGUCUGCUUUGAUCAACAUAAUGGACAUCACGAAACCAACGGUGAUAUGUGGCGACUUUAAUGUGGCCCUGCAGGUUACCACCACCAGCCCAUCUCUUCUUCAGACAAUGCAUACAUUUGGAUUCCGUCAGCUUGUAUCUAAACCAACAACAGACCAGGGGUCAUUGCUGGACCAUGUGUAUAUCAACACAGAACAACAAGCCACUGCAAACGUCAUUGACUGCUACUUCUCAGAUCACGAUAUUGUUGACAUAAGAAUAUUCCACCAUUAAAGGUUACUCAGGAAUCUUCUGGGUAAAUACAAAUAUAUCUGAAUGGGAAUGUUGUAUUUCUAGAAGCUCCAAUUGCCUUGACUCCUACAAACCUCUGUCAAUGCUAUGCAUUUACCUCUGACAGGAUACUAUAGACAUUCUGAUUUCAAUUCAUUUCCAAUAAAUCCCAUGUUAAUUGUAUAUAAUUUAUAAUUGUAUAUACACUGUCAAAGCUGUAUAAAAUGUGUAUUCAAACUUCCAAGCUGUACAUUUUGAUGAUGUAAAACAUGAUGAUGUAAACAUUCCAGUCAAAUCUACCUUACACCAACAUUAUUUCUAUGUAAUCCUUAUUUGCAAUUUGUAUAUUGCCAAACUGUACAAAGCUAAUAAGGUAACUAGACCAUGGGCUGCAAACAAGUCUCAAAUCCCUAGCCUGUUGUCAGCAAUAAAUCUAUCUACCAUAUAUAAA